GGAUUCAAACGUUUGGGCCGGGGUUUGGGGGCCUGAAGAAGCGUCGUAGCGGCUGAGUUGUUCCUGCUGUUGACUCCGGUGUGAAUUUCUGUGCAGUCCCGGGAGGAUCUCGGAAGCUAAGGAGGCUAGUGCCUGAGGGAGAGAAUGGCGUUCUCCACCACAGUCUCGCAGAGAAAGCAUAUAAAACGGAAGGCUCCCCGGGGCUUUCUUAAGCACGUCUUCAAGCGACAGAAGCCUCACCUUCGUCUAGAGACAAGUGGCGACUUAUUGGUGCAUCUGAAUUGUUUACUGUUUGUUCGUCGGUUAGCAGAAGAGUCCAGAAUGAAUGCUUUUGAGAGUAAGUGUGGAGUCAUUAAAAAGGAGCAUGUACAGGCUGCAGCAAAGGUAAUUCUAAAGAAGAGCAGAGGUUAGAAGUCAAAGAACACAUUUUUGAAAAUUAUAUGAUGUAUUAUUUUAGGUGGUAACAGACCGUGAAAGUACUUUUUACAUAUCUAUUAAGAUUGUGUAUUAUUAAAAUAUUGACUAGUUGAGGGAUGUGUGUAUUUGUGUGUAUAUAUAUAUAUAUUUACUGAUUCUGGAAUAUCAAACACAUAUAACUUUUUUUUGAGGAAUUGUUUCAUUCACUUUUAGUGGCUUCAUUUUACUUCCAUUUUGUUGGUGUUACAAAUGUUUUACAUAACAAAAUGACAUUUUACAUAUGUAGUAGUUUGAAGAGAUCUUUUAGAAUUGUUUAUAAGGAUUUAGAUUUAGUUACAGUUAACUAUGGAAUCAAUUUAAUUUCUGAAGAAAGACAAUGUGCAGUCAAUCUAGGUACAUUUUAAUACUGAUUUUAACUAUUUAAUGCUGUCACAUAAUGCAAUUUUUACUUUAUACUAUUAUUGACAUUUCUCAACUAGAAACAUCAGCAAGGUGUUUUCAAAACCUGUUUCUCUUUACGAGCCAAAAAAAAUAGUAGAGCAGACUGACUUAUUUUAAGUAGGUUUAAUAGAUGGGUGUUUCAUUUCCCCUAAGGAGUCCUUUAGAAGUUUAUUAUGUAUUAUCUGAUAGUUAUUUUUAUUUUUAUUCCCCAGUGGUUAAUAGUUAUAGUAUAACCCCAACCAGGAAUUUGAUAUUAGCACCAUGUGGGUGUAAUACUGUACCAUUUUAUCAUGUGUAACCACCACUAUAGUCAAGAUAUAGAACUAUUUCAUCACCAGAAAGUUCUCCAUCAUGCUGUCCUUUUAUAGUUAACAUUUAGCCUUCUAUGGACACCCCUCCCCUCCAAUCCCUAAGCCCUGGCAAUCACUAAUCUCUUCUCCAGCUCUAUAAUUUUAUCAUUUUAAAUGGAAUCAUACAGGUAAUGACUUUUGGGGAUUCCCCCGCACUCAGCAUAACUUCCUUGAGAUCCAUCCAAGUUGUUGUAUGUAGCAGUUCCUUUUUAUUACUGAAUUGUAUUCCCUGGUAUUUAUGUACCACAGUUUCUGCAGCUAUCCACCCAUUGUAGGGCAUUUUGAUUAUUUCCAGUUUUUGGCUAUUAUGAAUAAAGCUUCUAUGAACCAA